AUGGCUGAGAGCACAGAAGGAAUAACAUUGCCGGAGACAGAGAAGAAGAAAGAAGAAAGCCUGCCAUUUUAUCAGCUUUUUUCAUUUGCAGAUAAAUACGAUUGGAUUCUUAUGAUCUCUGGCAGUAUAGGUGCCAUCCUUCAUGGGUCUUCCAUGCCUGUGUUCUUUCUUUUGUUUGGUGAAAUGGUUAACGGUUUUGGUAAAAACCAAAUGGAUUUGCACAAAAUGACUAAUGAAGUGUCCAAGUAUGCUCUGUACUUCGUAUAUCUUGGAUUGGUGGUGUGUUUCUCUUCAUAUGCAGAGAUUGCAUGCUGGAUGUAUACUGGGGAAAGGCAAGUGGGUGCACUGAGAAAGAAAUAUUUGGAGGCAGUCUUGAAACAGGAUGUUGGAUUCUUUGAUACAGACGCAAGAACUGGGGAUAUUGUUUUCAGUGUAUCAACAGACACUCUUCUUGUACAAGAUGCCAUUAGUGAAAAGGUGGGGAAUUUCAUCCAUUAUCUUUCUACCUUUCUGGCCGGUUUGGUGGUUGGUUUUGUGUCGGCAUGGAAGCUGGCUCUACUCAGCGUGGCUGUGAUUCCAGGAAUUGCCUUUGCUGGGGGUCUGUAUGCAUAUACUCUAACAGGUCUCACCUCCAAGAGCCGUGAAUCCUAUGCCAAUGCUGGCAUAAUUGCCGAUCAGGCUAUUGCACAAGUUAGGACAGUCUACUCUUAUGUUGGUGAGAGCAAAACCCUGAGUGUGUAUUCAGAUGCUAUACAAAACACGUUGAAUCUGGGCUACAAGGCUGGAAUGGCUAAAGGUUUGGGAUUGGGGUGCACCUAUGGAAUAGCAUGCAUGUCGUGGGCUCUUGUUUUCUGGUUUGCUGGUGUAUUUAUCAGAAAUGGACAGACGGAUGGUGGCAAGGCAUUCACCUCUAUUUUCUCUGCCAUAGUUGGUGGCAUGAGUUUGGGCCAAUCGUUUUCUAAUCUUGGAGCAUUCAGCAAAGGCAAAACUGCGGGAUACAAGCUAAUGGAGAUUAUCAAGCAAAAGCCCUCCAUAGUUCAAGACGCAUCAGAUGGAAAGUGCCCGACUGACGUCAAUGGAAACAUUGAGUUCAAAAAUGUAACUUUUAGCUAUCCUUCUAGACCCGAUGUCAUCGUCCUUAGAGAUUUCUCCAUUUUCUUCCCCGCUGGAAAGACUGUUGCCAUGGUUGGUGGUAGUGGUUCCGGAAAAAGCACGGUCAUCUCCCUGAUGGAAAGAUUUUACGAUCCUAAUCAAGGACAAAUUUUGCUGGACGACAUGGACAUCAAGAUGCUGCAGCUGAGAUGGUUACGCUAUCAAAUUGGUUUGGUGAACCAAGAACCUGCACUCUUUGCUACCACAAUACUCGAGAACAUUCUAUACGGAAAGCCUGGUGCAUCCAUGGCUGAAGUGGAUGCAGCUGCCUCUGCCGCUAAUGCUCAUUGCUUUAUUACAUUGCUUCCUAAUGGAUAUAACACUCAGGUGGGACAGCGUGGUGUCCAACUCUCAGGUGGUCAGAAACAGAGAAUAGCAAUUGCGAGAGCUAUGUUGAAGAACCCAAAGGUACUUCUUCUUGACGAAGCAACAAGUGCCCUUGAUGCUGGUUCAGAAAGCAUCGUUCAGGAGGCCCUAGAUCGUCUGAUGUUAGGGAGGACAACGAUUGUUGUUGCUCAUCGUCUCUCGACAAUAAGAAAUGUGGACUCCAUUGCAGUUAUGCAGCAGGGGCAAGUUGUUGAAACUGGAACUCAUGAAGAACUAUUUGUUAAAGCCGGGGCCUAUGCAUCCUUAAUCAGAUUCCAGGAAAUGGUAGGGAACAGAGAUUUUUCAAAUCCCUCAACUUGUCGAACGCGCUCAUCACGGUUAAGCCACUCGUUGUCGACUAAGUCUCUUAGCCUCCGUUCUGGCAGUUUAAGAAACUUAUCGUAUUCUUACAGCACGAGUACUGAUGGUCAUAUAGAGAUGGUGUCAAAUGCUGAAGCUGAUAGGAAAAAUCCUGCCCCACAUGGCUAUUUCUGCCGACUUCUUAAAUUAAAUGCUCCCGAAUGGCCUUAUUCAGUCAUUGGAGCUAUAGGGUCUGUUCUCUCUGGAUUCAUUGGUCCAACAUUUGCUAUUGUGAUGAGCAAUAUGAUCGAGGUGUUCUACUAUAAAAAUCCAGCUACCAUGGAACGAAAAACAAAGGAAUAUGUUUUUAUUUAUAUUGGAGCGGGUCUUUACGCUGUGGUCGCAUAUUUGAUACAGCACUACUUCUUCAGCAUUAUGGGAGAGAACCUAACUACAAGGGUGAGGAGGAUGAUGCUUGCAGCAAUUUUGAGGAAUGAAGUUGGCUGGUUUGACGAGGAAGAGAACAAUUCAAGCCUUCUUGCAGCCCGUUUAUCUACUGAUGCCGCCGACGUAAAAUCUGCAAUAGCCGAAAGGAUAUCGGUGAUAUUGCAAAAUAUGACUUCUCUCCUCACUUCAUUUAUAGUAGCCUUCAUAGUAGAGUGGAGGGUCUCACUUCUUAUACUGGUCACAUUUCCUCUCCUAGUCCUCGCAAAUUUUGCUCAGCAACUAUCUCUUAAAGGGUUUGCUGGAGACACGGCCAAGGCUCAUGCAAAAACUAGCAUGAUUGCAGGGGAGGGAGUAAGCAACAUUAGAACUGUUGCGGCAUUCAAUGCCCAAGAAAAAAUCCUCGCAUUAUUUUGCCAUGAACUCCAGGUCCCACAGCUUCGAAGCUUUAGCCGCAGUCAAUCCUCAGGUUUCCUUUUUGGCCUAUCUCAGCUUGCUCUAUAUGCAUCAGAAGCUCUAAUACUCUGGUAUGGCGCCCACCUUGUUAACAAAGGCACUUCUACCUUUUCUAAGGUCAUUAAGGUAUUCGUAGUCCUAGUUAUCACUGCCAAUUCAGUUGCUGAAACUGUCAGCCUUGCACCCGAAAUCAUAAGAGGGGGUGAAGCUGUUGGCUCCAUAUUUUCCCUUCUUGAUCGCUCAACAAAAAUAGAUCCUGAUGAAGCUGAAGCGGAGAAUGUUGAAUCAGUUCGUGGUGAGAUUGAACUACGUCAUGUUGACUUUGUGUAUCCUUCACGACCAGAUGUACUUGUGUUCAAGAAUCUCAGCCUUAGAAUUCGUGCUGGCCAGAGCCAAGCACUAGUUGGGGCCAGCGGAUCAGGAAAGAGUUCGGUAAUAGCAUUAAUCGAGAGAUUUUAUGAUCCAAUGGCUGGGAAAGUUAUGAUUGAUGGAAAAGAUAUUAGGAGGUUAAACUUGAAAUCUCUCCGGCUCAAAAUUGGUUUGGUUCAGCAGGAGCCUGCACUUUUUGCAGCAAGCAUUUUCGACAACAUUGCUUACGGUAAAGACGGGGCAACUGAAGCAGAAGUAGUUGAAGCAGCACAAGCAGCAAAUGUGCACACAUUUGUUAGUGGAUUACCCGAAGGUUAUAAAACCUCGGUAGGUGAAAAGGGAGUGCAGCUCUCCGGUGGACAAAAACAACGCGUUGCAAUUGCACGUGCUGUUCUAAAAAAUCCAUCAAUACUUCUACUCGAUGAAGCCACAAGCGCCCUUGAUGCUGAGUCGGAAUGCAUGCUACAAGAAGCUCUUGAGAGGUUAAUGAGAGGCCGAACCACUGUUCUGGUGGCCCACCGAUUGUCUACAAUCCGAAGGGUGGAUAGCAUUGGUGUUGUCCAAGAUGGACGCAUUGUAGAACAAGGCAGCCAUGGCGACCUAAUCAGCCGACCAGAUGGAGCCUAUUCAAGGCUUUUGCAACUUCAGCGUCAUUGCUUAUGA